AUUGUGAUGAUGAUGAUGAUGAUAUUGAAUGGCUUUAUUCCCCCUUUGAUGUCAAUCCUCGAAUAACGCGAACAAAGCCAAAUCGAGAGGACUUAUCUGUAACAUGAGAUUGGAUUAAGCGCAGAAAUUCGAGCCUUCGCUUGCUACGUCUUCCGCAGCCGUGUCCUUCUCCAUACCUUUCUAAACAUCCUCUACACAGCGCUUGUCUACAUCCCUUGCAUCGCGACGACAUGUCUGCGCUUACACGGUCUAAUUCACUGUCCCUAAACACUGGAGGUGGAGCAGGUCUAUUCGGUUCAACACCCGCCACCCAGGGCGGCGGUCUAUUCGGUGCCUCAAAUACCACACAGUCGCAAACGGCAGGAAGCCUAUUUUCCAGCACCUUGAAGCCUCCCGCAUCUUCAGCCCCGUCCACACAGGGUCUCUUUGGGACCCCAUCCUCCGCCCAACCCCAAUCAACUCCGAGUCCCUUCGGAAAUACCUCAUCACAAGCCCAGGCAACACCGAGUCUAUUUGGCACUCCAGGCACUUCACAACCGCAACAGUCCUCCAACAUGUCGAGUGGUGGAUUCAGCCUGGGUAAUCCGGGGCAGUCGCUAUUUGGAAAACCGCCAGCAUCGUCUGGAACCGGCACCAGCAGCCUUUUCCCACCCGCGGGCGGAUCGAACACAACACUAGGGGGCGGACUUUUCAGCACUCAAGGUUCCUCACAACCUCAGCAAUCUAGCGGAACUACCGCGGGAAGCAUGUUCGGAUCCGCUGGCGCCCAGUCAAAACCUUCGGGCUUCGGCCUCUUUCCUACUCCCGCCAGCCAGCCAACUCAGCAACCCCAAUUUACCACUGUCGCCGGCCCAACCUUUGGCGGCAAACCCAUCACAAACCUUGCGACCUCCGGCGGCGGUAUCACUGGUGGCAUGAGGUUCGGCGGUGGCACUAGUACCGCGCCCCAACCCCAGGUCGUUCAAGGCGUACAAGUCGACAUCAGCAACAUCCGAGGGACCACGCGCUUCUCCGAACUGCACCCGAACGUGCAGCAAGAUAUCAUCAAAAUAGACAACCUCACCGCCGCGCAAAUCAAAAUCUGCGAGACCUGCGACGCCGUGGUGCCCGCGCACCGCGAGACCCUCGAUUUCAUUCCCAACGACGCCGAGUACGUCUCGACCAAGGUCGACGCCGUUGAGGCGGCGCUGGCGAACGACGCGGAGGCGAUCGCGGCGCUGAAGAAGAUCGUGCGGCAAGAUCAGGAGGAGGCGUCCAACCUGCGCGGGUGCAUCGACAUGCUCAAACUGCCCACAAACCUCCAGAUGAGCGGGCUGUGGCACCAGUAUCUGGGCGGCCAACCGGCACUCGGGAUCAAAGCGGGCAACGCGGUCGCGGAUGCCGUGGGCGGGGGGUACGAUGAGGGGCCGCCAGAUCUGGUGAAGUUCUUCAAGGGGAGGUCGGACGAGGUCGAAAAGGAAUUGAACGUCAUGCAAGGGCUGAUCGGCGAGAUCGAAGCACACUUGCGGCUCGUGGAGGGGCGGGCGGCGAAUGAAGCGGAGAAUUUGGCGAGGAGGGGUCGGGUGCAGGAGAUGGACUCGCAGGCCGUGGUGAGAGAGCUGGUGCAGACGAUGCAGGGCUUUGAGGAUGCGGUGUUACGAGUGGCGGGACGGGUGGGAGGCGUAAGGGAAAAGUUUAACGAGGUGACAAUGGCCGGGCAGAAUGGUUUGGGUCCGAAUGGCCCACGGAGAUGAUUGUACUUACUACUUGUCCUUCGGCUAGUUUCAGAAGGGUGAUGGAUGCUCCACGGCAUGGCGCUACCGGUCUAUAGGUUCUUAGAUGUGCGGAAAGGAUAGGGCGCACCAUUGUAUCAGCAACGUCACGGAUGUAACCCGCGCUUCUCUAAUUUUUUAGCGUUCAGUCGACACUCCAACCCCUUUAAAGGCAUUCUUGAUAUUGUCAAGUUCCUGCCCUCACC